CACUCACGCUUCUCAAAGAGCCUGCAUGCUCAUGUCCCGCUCACGCAGAAUCAGAGACGCAGCAGAAGCCGAUAAGAAGCGUUGUUUUAUCAACUCUCCUUUUGAACGUAGCUAUGUGAUAAAACAUAUUUUAUCAUAUCAGUUUUUUUCUCUUAAGUUGGACUCGUAUUUGGAUAUAUCCCGCGUGAUAAAACGCGGUAUUGUCAGUUGUCUCAGAGUUUAUUCACUCGGAUCAGCUCGUUUCCUGCGACUAGACAGUCUCCAUCUGUCCCAUCUGCACGACAGGACGGUGGAAAUCACUGGACUUUUACGGAUAGAAACUGGACGACACGCCGUGAUUUGAAUGCCUUUGCAGGGACUUUGCUGGCUUGUGUGCUGCAGACAAGGCUUCAGUUUGCUGGCUCGGGAUCAUGGGGAGAAAGAGGAGGAAGAGUCUUUUGAGUUACGCAAUCAGGACGAGCACACACACACUGGAAGGGGGCAACUAGAGGUCACUCUGUCUCAGCCCACUCGCACAGCCAACGGCACACCCUGUCUGUCAGGAGUUCCUGAGGAGAAGAGAAGUCUCAUCACACAGAAGAUCAAGAUGACGAUGGAUGAAGACCCUGAGGUGCUUGUGAAGGGCUGGCUCCUGCGGGAGGUGCAGGGAGGUUGGCUCCGGCAGAGGAGGUUCUGGUUCGUGCUGACAACAGACUCUCUUGACUACUACAGCGGCCCGGACAGAGAUGCUCGCAGACAGGGCACGCUAGUACUCACAUCCCUCUGUUCAGUGCUGUGGCCGGAUAAACACACCUACAAACAGACAGGUUACUGGAGUCUGACAGUGUAUGGCCGCAAACAUUGCUUCAGACUCUUCACAAAGCACUACAAUGAGGCGGUGCACUGGGCGUGUGCUGUACAGAAAGUCAUAGACAGCAAAGCGCCGGUUGAGACGCCGACACAGCUCCUCAUACGAGACAUUGAGGAAAAUAAAUUCAAUCCAGAAGUUGUAGAACACAUCUAUGAACAUAAUCCCAUCCUGAGGUACACCCAGAGCCCCCUUUACGCCCCACUGCUGCCUUUCCCCUAUGGCAGCCUCCACCACACACAUAUGGCAGGUAAAGGCUACAUGUCCAUCCGUGAGGAGGCGGUGAGGCUUUUUAACUGCCUCCAGCAGUUGGAGUUGGCCCGUGAGCCUAUUCCUCUCAUACAGGGGAUCCUCCAGACCUGCCUUGACCUCCGGCCGCUCCGAGAUGAACUCUACUGCCAGCUUAUCAAACAGACCAGCGUCACCAACUCAGGAGUCCAGAUGCAGACACAGACACAGCCGAAUCCGCAGCUCAGAUACUGGCAGCUGCUCACCUGCAUGAGCUGCACCUUCCUGCCCAGCUGCAGCAUACUCCGAUACCUACGCUUUCACCUGAAGAGGGUUCAGAGUUUGAGUGUGGACCCAGAGGUAGAGAGCUACGCAUCCUUCAUAGCCCAGGCUCUGGAGAAGACGCGCGGCCGUGAGUGUGUGCCCUCGUGGGAGGAGAUCCAGGGGCUGAUGGGAAGGCAGGAGAUACUGUGUACUGUGCACUACCCUGGACCGGGCUGCUGCCAGAUACCAAUCACCUCGCACACCACGGCUAAUGAGGUCGUGAGGCAGAUGGCGGAACGCCUCGGGCUGCAGGACAGCCCAAACACAUUUGCUCUUUUUGAGCAGAACUCUUGCUGGGAAAAAGCUAUCGGAGGCAGCACCAUAAUCGCAGAUGUCAUCACCAGAUUUGAAAAUUUGUCAGCUAAAGAUCCCGACUCUGACUGCCGGUGCCGACUCUGCUUUAAACUGUAUUGUCUUCUGGACACCGACAGCAUCAGUACAGACAGCAUUGAGUACCUCUUCCUGUAUGAGCAGUGUCAUGAGAUGGUGGUGCGGGGGCAGCUGCCAGCCUGUGAGGACGACCUUCUUUCCCUGGCAGCGUUGAGACUGCAGUGUCUACUGGGAGAUUUCAGCGCCCUCUCACCAUACCCGCCCUUGGAGCAGCUCUUUCCGGCUGAAGUGGUGGAGGCCCGGGCCCUACUGGCCCCCGUCGAUCCCCCUGGCUGUCCGUCAUUCCCCGGGGGUCUGCUGGCUGGGACGCUGUGGGGACACAAGCGGCGUCAGGAACAGGACCAAAGACUGCGGGCCAGACUAAGGGAAGAGGGAGCCGUGGUGAUGUCGGCCAUUUUGGAGCGCUGGAAAGCCCUGGCGGGAUACAGUCGCAGAGACAGCAUGGCCGCCUAUCUCACCAUUGCCCAGCAGUGGUCGGGGUUUGGCUGCACGCUCUAUGAAGUGGACUUUUACAUCAGCUCGACAGGAAGCUUCUCUCAGAAGUUGUGGCUGGGCGUGGCAGCUUCCUGUGUGUCUCUGUAUCGUCAGGGUGAGGCUGAAGCAUUGGAGUCUCUGCCGAUUGGUCAGAUCUGUUCCUAUGGCGUCUCUGAUAGCAACACAUUCAGGAUCACUGCGGGAGACAGAGAUCUGCUCUUCGAAACCUCCAAGCUGACUGAGAUCAUGCAGCUGAUGAAUGCUUACUUCAGUGCCACCCAUUGCCAGCUGGACAAGGAUGACUGCAUCUCCACGGAGACAAACCCUAAGCUCCACCCCUCCCUACUUGAGCUCCCCUCUCACCCGGUGUGAAGAGAGAAGGACUCGUGCAUAUGCAGUCCUGACCGAUUGCUUGCCUGUGAGGAGCUUUUGCAAAGAGGAUGAACUCUGAUGAGACUGAAAGGAGCAGAUGCUGUGGAAAUGGAGGAGGAGUGGAAGGUGUCCAGGAGCCACAAACAGGAGAGCAGGUUCAGGAACUCACUUGCUACACCGCCAGCCAAAUCCAGAAAGGACACGGGGCCCUAACCAGCCCCUGUCACCUGGGAGCCCGCCAAAUAUCACAGAGAACAUAAUAGCCUGACUUCAGAGUGCAAAAAUCGUUUUCUUAAGCAGUAUUUUUGCCUUGUUUUUUAAAAUAUUUAAACAUCCUUAAAAAAACAUUAAUUUAUUUUUUUAAUUGCUUUUUAAAAUUUAUAUACAUGAAAUUUUCCUUAAAUUCAUCAAGUAUUAAGACUAACUUUUCAAGGAAGUUUCUUUUUAUUUUGCACCUCAUGUAAAUAUACCUUGUUUAAAGGAUGUUCCUGUGUUUUUUGGAAAACAUGACAAAAAUACUUUUUUUUUCUUUCUUUGCAGUGAUGUCUUUGUAUUUCACUAAAUGAAGACAACACAAAACACGCUGCCAUUGCACUCGCACACAAACACUCGCUCCGCUUUAAACGUUCCUUUCCAGACUCCUGCCUGGAUCGCCAUUAAAACUCAUUCAUCAAACUAUACCUGACAUUGAAAUGAAAGCAGGUGCAAGUCACUUUCACAUCGACCUUCAGAACUGUCCAAUACUGAAGCGACGGUGCUGCGUGUGCAUGUGUGAGAGACAGAUCUGAACAUUUUAAGCUGUAGAAACCAAAGGAUCUUUAGCUCGUCUCUAUGAUGUGAGUGUAUUUGUGAAAUGCUUUGAGCCCGACCUGGUGCUGCUUGACUGCUGUUAGCUUACAGUAACUCUACACUGUGUGUCCUGUAGCCACAACAGCCUCAGAUCUUUAGAGCCGGUUAAAACCAGCUAACUUAGACACCCGUUUGCCACCUGGUACCUGUGAAGGUAAAUUACAUUUUGACAUAAAAAAAUAAUUUUGGUUCAAACCAAGCUUCCCAGACCUCUUAAACACAUU